AUGGCCUACUAUACUAUCAACAAGUUGAAACAACGCUCCUCGCAUGCGGCCAGCGACGCCGUCCCCUCGAGUUCGAGUCCCUUCGCGGAACUGGAGGGUCCCUGCAAGCCGAUCAUUCCUGCCAUUCAAGUCUCCUCUACCCACGACAACGACUUGGAGGGGCCUACCACUGGCAGUAACCUCUGCGUUCACCGCGGCCGCCCAUCCAUCCUACCUGGCUUCUCCGCAUUUCCAAUGGCCAAUGUUCCACUCCAGACAAUGAGUGAUGGAGUCUGGGUCUGCUGCGACUGCGGUGGCCUAGGCAAUGUUCUGUCCCCGGAACGCUGUCCCCUUUGUGGCCAUGGCAAAUGUCUUUACUGCAACUAG